CGACGAAGCCGAAAAUCGCCAGUUCGAUAUCGCCGAUCAGACAGUCGAGUCGUGCCUUAACUUAACUUAUAAGACUGAAGAAAGUCGUAGAAUUCACUGUUCAUCGCGCUAAAAAGUUGAUUUACUUCAAACGCGAAAUGUCGUUGCCCGAAACGACGAAGCACAACGAGGGAUGGGCGGAAAAUUACAGCAGUGACAUUAUCCAAGAGAGACCGAGCCAACAGCAAGAGGCAACUGUUGCUGAGGCAGAAGAGAGCUUCGAGGAAUAUGAGACGCGAGUGAAGCAGAUGAGCAAGAAAAUUAAAAAAUUAGAGGCGCAAUUGCAGGAAUGCUCUUAUCAAAAGGAUAUACUACUUGAAAAAUAUAGGAAAUUUUUCGAACAGCAAGAUCAGAUAAAUAGAAACUUCCAAAGAUAUAUUAAUAGUAUGGAAUUCACAACGCCAUUAAACGGUCGCAUCAAUCACAUUGUCUUUGCGCCUGAUCCAAAUCAAUGCAGGCUCCCACCGACUGUAAAUAAUAAUACAAAGGGACCGAAAACAAUGUCGCAUGGUCCAUCGACACGACGAUCAUCUCAUCAAGCUGAAAGUUCAUCAUAUUAUUCCCAAUAUCAAACCGUUGCGUAUUAUCCAUCACAAGUCUUCGCACAGGCUCCCGAACCCGUAGCUGCUCCUGUCAAUGGAUUUGGCGAUACCCGAAGUGCCAUUUGGACUAAUCCUCCGACGACUCAUCAAAUGUCUCAACCCACCACUUCUUACUACCAUGGACCACCUUACGCUCAAAAUAACCCUGGACCUUUAUCGCAACCGCUGGCAAUUGUAACUGACCAAAGCCAACUUGGUGGCUACCAGACCUAUAUGGCACUUGCUCCGUUGCCCCCUCAAAUCCAGACAAAUUCCGCGGUACAACAGUUUCCUGGACCCGUGGCUUACUAUUAUGAACCAACUGUCGCUCAAAAUAGGGCCCCCAAUAUCGAAUGUCAGCAUCAUCAUGGAUCUUCCUAGUAUUGACAGAGCUCCCCAGCCAACGCAAGAAUCGAAUCCAUCAGCUCAGCUGCCACCUACACAAGAGCUGAAUCAGCAACGAACGAUAUUCAUCGAAGAGAUGAUCGCUCAAGAGAUUCAAAACGAAAUAUAAGAACGUCAACAUAUGUAAAUAUGUGAAUUUUUAACGAUUUUUUAAAUCUGAGGUGUUGUACUUAUCGUUACCAUUCAAUUUUUUAAACUAACUUAACUCCUGUCAAUUGUUAUCUCAACGGUUUUGUCAAACUCUUCAAAUUGAAGAGCGCAAUGUCUAUUCUGUUUGUUUUGAUCGUUUAAGCGACAGUUGUGCAAUUUGCUUUGUACUGAAUGCCGAAUGUAAAAUAGUACUACAAACUACAAUAAAUUAUUGCACAGACUUUUUUACACGAA